AUGCACGUCCAACAGAGCCAGCAGCAACAUCACAACCCUGCAAUGGUCCACGGCAGUCACAUGAUCCCGAUGCUGCAACAUAAUAACGUUGACGUUCACCAUGGAGCAACUCAGCACAGCAUUGAGCCCCACACGCACAGCCAUUAUCACCUCGAGAUGGGGCGGCAUCUAUAUCAGCAUGACAUUCGCACUGGCAAUGCCGAUCAUGAUGAGCCCUUCAAGCUGGUACCAGUGUCAGAACGUCGAGCAGCUUAUGAAAAAGAGUCUAAAAGGAUGAAUCGUUCCAACAGUCGCCCCUGGAAAGCCUAA